AUGCUUUCCAAGUCCAUCAUCGGCGCUAUUCUGGCCUGGCCCGCUCUUGUGGCUGCCGCCCCUCACAACGUUGAGGAGCGUGCUACUCCCGAGCUUACCAUUACGCAGAAGCUGCGACUGGCUGAUACUGAGAUCGACCGAUUCAAGCUUCUCCCCGAUGACAAGGACUUUGUCUUUGACUUCAACAAGCAGGACGGUCUUGCUGCUGGUGUCGCCAACGCUGUGACCUUCCCUGCCCUUGUUGGUACUGGCCAGACCUUUACCGUCGGCGAGUUUGAGCCUUGCUCCAUGGCCGUUGUCCACAUCCACCCCCGAGCCGCCGAACUCCAGGCCGUCAUCUCCGGUCGCAUCUACACCGAGAUGGUCCCCGAAUCCGGCGUCACCGACGCUGAGGGCAACCAGCGCGUCAUUCGCAACGAGAUCGGCCCCAAGAUGAUGACCGUCUUCUAUCAAGGUUCCUUCCACACCCAGAUGAACCCCGACUGCGAGCCUGCGGUUGUCGUCACCACUUUCUCCUCUGAGGACAUGGGCGCUAGCUUGAUCGCCAACAACCUGUUUGCUCUCAAGAACGAGACUAUUGCCAACACUUUUGGUCAGAGCAUUGCUGGCGAGGAUAUUGACAAGGUUCGGGAUGCUAUCCCCAAGACUAUCACCUUUAAGGUUGAGGAGUGUCUUGCCAAGUGUGGCAAGACGAAGCGACAGGUUUAG